AUGCAGUUGAGGCGUCGGCAAGAUGGUGAUUUGGCAAUAUACGACGAUUGCAAUGAGAUCAGGAGGAAGAUUCGCCUUCUGCAGAAAACCCCCGGAUGGAAGGUUACUCAAUGGUUGAGAGAUAUCGGCAACGUCAACAGCAACUCUUAUGGUCGAUUCAUGAAGGCAUCUGGCCCACACGGGGGAGCAGGCAACAGCACGUACUACGCUGCCUAUAUCUACUUCGAGAAGGUCCGCAUUUUGGAAGGCAAGAAGAAGACAGCUAAGCGUCUUCGAAACGAGGGCGAAUACGCCGGUGGUCUUCCCCAGGAGGACCGCAGUCGCGUUUGGGUCUUCGGGCCUGCGUGA